GCAACGACGUCGUAUCAAACUCCAAUAUUUUCACACCCAUUUUUAAACAGGAAGAAUACCCACAUCUAAAACCCUUUCUGCUUGCCGCCGCCGCCGUCGUCCUCCUCGAGCAACCAGUUGACGGCGGAGCAACCAUGGCAGCUCCGGAAGCUCCUCUCUGUUAUGUCGGCGUGGCCCGAAAGUCCGCCGCUUUCCGCCUCAUGAAACAAAUGGGAUGGGAAGAAGGUGAAGGGCUUGGGAAGGAGAAACAAGGGAUUAAAGGUCAUGUUAGGGUUUCCAACAAACAAGACACUGUUGGUAUCGGUUUGGACAAGCCGAAUGCAUGGGCAUUUGAUACAACACAGUUCGAUGGUAUACUUAAAAAACUGAAAGUGCAAGCAACAACAGUCAUUGAACAAGAUGACGAUGACCUAGAGACCGAUUCUCCAAAAAAAGAUGGUAAAACAACCGUCAAGGCUACCCGACCCCAAGGAAGAUACAAGAGAAGAGAGAAAGGGAAGCAUGUUCGUUCUUAUUCAGCUAAGGAUCUUGAAGGAAUCCUUGUCAAAAAAGUUGAGGAUAAUACAGAACCUGAGCCCGAGCCUUUCUCUUAUCAGGAUGGAGAUUUGGAUAUGGUAGAGGCAGAAAGCAACACUGUUAGUUUGAAAGGUCUUUCUCCGGAUUGGUGGGGCUAUAAAUACGGAUUUGUUUCCGGAGGUUUUCUUGGUGCUCAAUCCAGGAGAAAGAAGACUAGCCUAACUGAAGAUGAUCAAAAUUGUAAUAAGAGGACUGCGUUUUACGAGGAGGAUCAAGAGAAUCUUUACAAACUUGUGCAAGACAAGGCAACUUCUGGAAAACAGGGACUUGGGAUCAAGGACCAACCAAGAAAAGUAGCAGGUGUGCGGUUCCAAGGGAAAAGAACAUCUUUUAGUGAUGAUGAGGGAGAUGAAUCCGAGGCUGAAGAAUGUCAUCCUUCACCAAAACGAAAAUUUGAUGACAUCCAAGACUCACAAAAGAACUUGGAGUCAAGACCGAAGCUAAAGAAGUUGUGCAAAAAGCUUCUUUGUCAAGUACCUGAGAAGUCGUUAAAACUUAAACAACUCAAAGUUCUCGUCGACGAACAUUGUUCUAUUCUCUCUGACUUCUCUUCAAAAAAGGAUGCUCUUGCAUUCUUGAAAAAGAAGCUUGAAGGCAGUGGAACGUUUACUGUAGACAGAAAGAAAGUCUGUCUCUCUUCAAAAUGAGGACACAUUUUUGCUGCACGUCGAGGGGAAAGUCUGCUUCAAUGCCAGAUUAUAUUGUUAUAUGUAUUUGAUAGUAUGAUAAAAACAACUGAUUAUUACUUUUUAAGGUUUUUAACCAAUUUUAUGAGGGUUGUAUUUAAAGGCCAUGUUAGUGACUUAGUGCGACUUUUCUUCUACCUGGUUUUUAAACGUUUACUACGAUAAAGAUCUUUUAUUUCA